ACUUUGCAUGCAUGCAAAGGCCAACCCACCGGUCCAACUUUCCAAUUUCCAAGUCAACAUUUUCUAUCUUCAUUUGUUUUUUAUUAUAAAAACAUACUAUCCACUUCCCAAAAUACAACAACCCCUUCUUUUUCUUCUUUCUCCACAUUCAAAUCUUUCUAAAAAAUAUCAAAUAUAAACCAUAUAUUAUAUAGAAUUAUGAGAAAACCUGGUUGUGAUAACAAAGAGGAAAUGCAUAAAGGAUCUUGGUCUAAACAAGAAGAUCAAAAACUCAUUGAUUAUAUCACUAAACAUGGUGAAGGUUGUUGGAGAGAUUUACCUAAAGCUGCUGGUCUGCUUCGUUGUGGAAAAAGUUGUAGGCUAAGAUGGAUGAAUUAUCUUAACCCAAAUUUAAAAAGAGGAAAUUUUUCUGAGGAUGAAGAUGAUCUCAUCAUCAAGCUUCAUGCUCUUCUUGGCAAUAGGUGGUCCUUAAUAGCUGGAAGAUUGCCAGGAAGAACUGAUAAUGAAGUGAAGAAUUAUUGGAAUUCCCAUUUGAGAAGAAAACUUAUAAAAAUGGGAAUCGAUCCGAAAAAUCAUAAUAUUUCUCAUUAUCUUCGUAUAAAAAGACUUGAAUAUUUCCAAGAAAAUGGCAUAAAAUCAGAAAAUAAUGCAGUAAUAUCUGAUGCUACAAGUUCUAAUUGUGUUACAAGUUCAUUGCCUGAUCUUAAUUCACUUCCAUAGAUAAUAUUAAUUGCGUUCUUGAUUAUUUCCCUCAAGAGAUAAUUAGUUGAUAAUAUGCACGUAUGGUUGGCUCGAACAUCAUCAUUAUGAGAAAUAAAUAAAUUAAUGUGCACCAUGGUUGAGAUAUUGA